UUGGGGCAGCAAACAGCGGGUCGCAUGGCUCUCUGGAUGAACUCCCCAGCCGUGGUGAAUACUCUGUCUGCACGGGCGCCAGCCGCAGAAAAAAGGGUCACGCACGGCUGGAUUCCUAGAAUGAUUUCAAAAUGUUAAAACGCUUUUUGCCCGGGUCUCUGCGACGGAUAAUGUCCUCUGCACAUGCUCAGAGGCGCCCUCUUGGGACCUGCAGCCCAUAGGCAACGGUUCUGAGGCAAAGCGUGCGGCUGCAAGCGGCGUCACUCCGGAGUGGCGCCACUUCCUCGUUCCUCCUGGGAAGAAGCCGCGCGCGAGCGGCAGGCAGCCCUUGCCCGGAGGAGGAGUCUCCCCGCGGGAGGGAGGCGGUCACGGGUCCCGCUCCGGGCAGGGCAGGGCGGGGCGCGGGCCAGCAAGGAAGAAGAGAGAAGGGGCGACUUCGGGAGCGAGCGGGGUGGACGCUUCGCCUCGGGCCAGCAUGGAGGUGCCCGCGGUCAACUUGAAGGCUAUUGUCCUUGUUCACUGGCUGCUGACAACAUGGGGUGGCUUAAUAACCUGGCUUCCAAGUUCCUAUGCGUGGGGGAACUACACCAUCCUUGCCCUGGGGGUCUGGGCGGUGGCUCAGAGGGAUUCUGUCGAUGCCAUCCUCAUGUUCUUCACCGGCCUGCUGCUGACCAUCCUCACGGACAUCAUUCACAUCAGCAUCUAUUACCCCGUCAUCCCCUCGCUGACGGACACGGUCCGCUUCAGUGCCGGCAUGGUCAUCUUCAGCCUCCUCCUGAAGCCAAUAUCCUGCUUCUUGGCCUAUCAGAUGUACCGGGAGCGCGGCGGAGAGUACGCCUUCAACCUGGAUCCGGAGUCUCCCCUGGGCAUCAAUUUUGUCUGCAACGGUUUCCUCCACGUGGGCCAAGACCGUAGCGCGUACCAGUCCAUCGACACCCCUGAACCACCACGGCCGUAUCCUGAUGUAGCCAGCAAGCCCGGUCCCCCUCUGCCCUAUUGAGGCCUCCUUUCCCCUUGGACACUGGAAAUAAACUGUCCUGCCCUCUCUCCGCACCCUCCUCUGGAGGAAGUCGGGUUCAAAACGCCUGUGAAAAUGUGAGCCAAGACAAGUGUGUACAUUUUCCGACACACUCUUCUGUAUUGCUGCACCCUCCAUGCGACUGUCGGCGGGGUUGAACUCUCCACCAAGAUGUGUACAGCUCCGGGCACCGUCUUUGUAACCCCCUUUUCUGGCUCUGAUCUCUGUUGCCUAUCUAGCCUGCAAACGCCCGGGUUUAGAAGAGCGUGCUUUUUUAAAAAGGGUGCUGGGAUGAUCCAGUUCUGUUCCGGGAAGAUGUUUCGUGGAUUGUCCUUCAUGGGGGACGAAACAUCAAGAGACUUGCAUUCUUGCGAGAGUUCUGCCUGCUACGAGCCAGCCGACUCGUUUCUCCGAGACGACGAAGGAACCGAACCGUAGCUGGCCCUUUUGCUUCAGUCUGGGUCGUUUUCUCUGAGAUGAAUUCCUCCCUGUGUUUUCUGAUUGCUGCUGGGAUGCUGAGAUCUAUUGAUUCGUGUUGCAUUCUCUGUGCCUUAAGACCCAGCCUCUCCUCUCUUUCCUCCGUUUCAAUGGCACGUAGGUUUCUGAGAAGAAUUAAAGAAUGUUUUUAAUGAAAA